AUGUCAACUUUGUCUGAUAGUACUGCAGCUGAAGUCAAUAUCGACACCAGUACUUUAGAUGUAAAUACGUCUUACGACAGCAGUAUAUGUCAUACUCGUAAUAAGUAUGUUUUGAGACACAAGAAUUUACUGAAAUAUAGAUCUAGGUGCAAGGUUUUGAGAAAAAAACUGAAGAAAUACAAAUUAAGAAAAGAUGGCUUGGAAGACCAAGAUGUACUAGAUGUUUCUGAAGUAUUUCAUAGUAGUCUCUUAAUAAAAUCACCUGAAAAAAGAAACUGCAAUAAAUUAGACUUUAAAAUUGAAGGAUUCAGACCAAAAAAUUAUCUUUUUAAAAUGGCUCGCCGAAAACAUAAAGCAAAGGUUGAGAAACUAAAUACUGUUUCACAAAUAGUUGAUGUUCGUAAGAAUGUAGAAAUAGCUAGUGUGUCUCCUGUAACUGAAAGUCAGGAGCAAAAGAAAACAAAUGCUUUUAAAUUAAUGAUGGAUUCAAGAAACAAAAGCAUGGGUGGUAAUUCUCCUGGAAAAGAGAAAAACGUAGAUCCUUCAGACUUACAAGAAAUAACUGACAAGAAGAUUCUGAAAGCUAAAAGAAAUUUAGUUCUACAAAAAAUGGCUGAAGCAAAAGGAGCUCUAAAGAAAAUAGAAAUGGAAGAUUUUCAGGAAAAGUGUAUUCAAAGAAAAAUGCAGAAAAGAGCAGAUCGGUUAAAAGAGAUGAUAACAAAUAAAAAUAAACAGACACCUAAUGAUCAAGAAAUUAAGUCAAAGUCAUCAAAAAAAAUUGUCAAAAAAUCCAAACCACAUGAUGAUAAUGUCAAUAACCAACCUACUGUCUUUAAUGGUGGUGAUAAGCCUUCUAAAGCAAUACUUUUGUUUAAUAUUUUCAAUAGUGUUCUGAAAGACCCUAUAAACAUAAACCCUGACAAAAAACCUAUAUCAAAAGAGGAUGAGGAAUUUUUGAAAAAACUCUCCCCAUCUCUAAAAAAGAAGGAAAAUAUGCUGUGCUAUUUUAAGAAAGUUGAAAAAGAACCAGAACCUAUUAUUGUUGAUAUUGAUCCUGGAAAUAAUAAAUCUCCAAUUUUAAAAGUAAAAUUGAGUUCUAAAACUAAGAGGAAACAAAAAAAUAGAAAACUGAGUUUAAACAAAGACGGAACUAAAAAUAACAUUAAACAGAAAGAGAAUAAUGUUACUGAAAGAAGGAAACGAAAACGCAAAGAUCUUUCAAUCAAAGAAAUGCCUGAAAAUAAAGAAAUUAGAAAUGGUGAACAAUCAAAGUUAGAAGAAGGAAGACCUAAGCGUCAUGUAAGAAGGCCUGUCAAGUACAUAGAUGAUGUACAGUUGAAUAGUUCUGACGAAGAAUUGUGUGUUUUUACUCCAAAAAAAAAACGACAUCUUGAAAGUAAAGUAAAAACUGUAGUUCAAAGUGAUGUUAUAUUUUGUGAUGAACAACCCAAACAGGUUCUAGCAAAAUCUAAAAAAGUGCAUGUGAAAAGUAAACAAAAUCAUUCUACCAAAUUAGCGCCAAUUUUUUCCACAAAACUGCUGCUAAAUCAAGAACAAUUGGAAGCUAGACAUAAAUUUUUAUACAGUGGAGUGCCUGAUCAGUUAAAAAAAAUAAUUGUUCAACAAAAGAACACAAGUUUAGAAAGCAGUAAUUGUUUUCCUAAAGUUGUACAUGUGCAACAGAUAGACUUAAUUAAAACGUAUGAAUCAAAUAAAUUUAACGCUUCUUACAGUAAAUUUGAUGAUGACCAGAAUGAAGAACUAACUGUAGAUGACUCGAGAUUAUUUUAUCGCCUUAUAAAAUCAUCAGAAAAAAAACAGAAAAGUUUUAUGGAGGUGAAAAAAAAUAGUGUAUCAGCAGUUUUAAAAAGCUUCAAAGAGUAUUACCCUAAGUUUCCUGUUUAUCGCACUUAUAGGAUGUUAAAAGGUGUGAGUAAAGGGGAACUUAAUGAGAUUUGCACGGAUUUUGAAAGCAGCGUCGAAGUUGUAAAUGGUUCAUCAGAAAUUGUAAAUGAUCCUGAACAUUUAAACUGGACUGUUAAAUACAAACCAAUGACUACAAAACAAUUAAUAGGGAAUGUCGAAAGUAUUAGAGAAUUAAAAAAAUGGCUGCAAUCUUGGACUGAAAAUCAUGUAAGAGUUAAGGACACUCUUGGCUCCGAUUCAUCAGAUUUCUAUGAUUCAGAUACAGAUAGUAAAGAUAGCAUGAAAACAGCAAAGAAUCUGCUGAUAUUGACUGGUCCACCAGGUAGCGGUAAAACGUGUAGUGUUUAUUCUGUUGCUGCAGAACUAGCUAUGAAAGUUAUUGAAGUAAAUGCAAGCAGUAAACGAACCGGUAAAAUGAUGUUACAGGACUUACAAGAAGCAACACAGUCUCACAAAGUUAAUAGAGAUAAAUCGCAGAAGUCACAAGAAGUUGUUGAACCAUUACUUUUAAAAACAUAUAAAAGAAAAGGUAGACCAAAGAAGUUAUCUAACGAAAAACCGAAUUCUAUUCACAAGAAAGAAAAUCUGAGUCAGCAAAGUACAAACCAAGAGGUGGGAAGAACUGCAAUGUCUCUGAUUCUUAUUGACGAUGCUGAUAUAGUGUUUGACCAAGAUGAUGGGUUCUCGUCCGCAAUCGCUCAACUUGUUCAAAGUUCUAAACGUCCAGUUGUGUUAGUGACGGCGUCUUUAUCUUGUCCACAUUUGCAAAGGUUUUUGCAAUAUGGGAAAGUGAUCAAAAUGCGUCCACUUUCACCAAGAAUGCUUGGAACAUGGUUAGACUUAUUAUGUUUGGCAGAUAGUGGAACAUGCUGGCCAGGUCUAGGAGCUAAAUUUUUAGAUUAUUUCAAGGGGGAUAUAAGAAAAACCAUAAACAAUUUGCAAUUUUACAUGACUACUCAAGAGUCGGCAAUUGAUGAAGCCAUGUCUCAGAAUAGCGACAUAAAGCCAAGUCUUGAGGAUGAAAAUUCAUGUACGUCUUGGACUGAUAGCGAUGGGGCUGAGAUCAGAAGUGUGAACCCUAAAUUCACAAUUGGUCUUGAAAAUGAAAUAUGGAAAAGUUUUGUACUGCAACAGUCAAGCUUUUUACACUCAGCUUAUUCAUUGAAGUUAAUGGAUAUAUGGUGGAAUGUUCCACAACUUACUAAUAAUUCUUCUAACAUAAACCUUCCUCAAGUAGAGGAUUGCUCUAAACAAAAACAGAAACAGUCAUCUGAAUUAAAGGCUAUUGCUGAUAUUGUAGAUACCCUGUCAGUGUCGGAUUAUUUCAGUCAACUAUCACCAGAUGCAAAUAGUAAUAUAAGUUCUCUACCGUGGUACAAUUCUGAGAGCGAUAGUGUAUCUGAGAAUGAAAACUCUAACUGCUACAGCAGAAGUAAAGAAAUUCACAAUGAAAUUAUGCAUCAUCUGACAUUAACUUCGGUUUUGGAGGCUCAAAAAGUUUUUGGUUUGGAGAAGGACAUUGAUAUACAAUUUCCAGAUAUGGCAGCUCAAAGGCAAAAGGACCAGGUAGUCGCUCGCCACAACAGCCUGACCAACAUCCUCCAUCCAUCUGCUUCUUUGGAUAGAAGAGCUCUAGCUUUAGAUUAUUGGUCGUCCUGCCGCGCUAUAUGUAGAAUCGAAAAAACGAAGACUGAUACUGUAUCGAAAAGACACAAACGUUACUGUCAUUAUUUAAAAACAAUGAAUUUUUCAUAUAAAAACGACACCCUUGAUGGCUUGGCUAAAAGUUUGUCCAGUACGCGUAAAAUUGAAUGAUUAUAUAAAUCUCAGUUAACUCAUAACAUAAUCAAGAGGUUAAAAAUUACAUUUCGAACUUCGCCAUGUUGCGAAGUUACAAAGAACUAUUUUCUACUGACAACAACA